CAAGUUUGCGCCUUAAGUCUUUUUUCUUAAGAAAACCACUGUUUUAAAAAAAAAUUUAUUUGAAUGGAAUUUUAUUAAAAGUAACGCGUUUAUUAUAUCGCCCACCACUAUUUUAUAAACUAAAUACAUACAUAUUUACAUACCUAUAUAUAUUCUUAUAUGCUGAGUGUCUUAAUUUUCCUAAAUUCUUUCUUAACAGGGAGUGGCUCUUAAACAUUAAUUUAUGCCAUCCAAGUGUAUACAUAUACAUACAAACAAACGUACGAAUAAUCGAAAGCAUUUGUAACAUAUUUCAUGCAAUAAAUCCUCAAAAGUGUUUGUAUUAAGUACAUAUAAUAAACUGCUUGUCAACGAGCAUUUACGUUUGUGUGUGUGUGUGUGUGUGUGUUUAUGUGCUCAUAUGAGUGUGUUACUGAGGUAAACGAAUCUUUAGCGGAUUAUUAUCAAUAUUCAAGAUAUACAUGAAAAUUUUGGAUGCUCUCUUAAAAAAGGUGUAACUUAAUUCGAUCAAUAAAAUAACAGAAUAACUCACAUAAAGGUGUGUGAGCUGCAAGAGUUUUCAUUAUGGGCAGAGUGACGGCAGUCAGUGGUUUUUGGCUGCCCGGACUUAUAUUUUUAAUAUCAUUAGGCUGUGCAUCAGUCAAAGCUGGCGAAGAUGUAUUUUCUUGUCCCAAUGGUUGGGAGCUAUACGGGCUUCACUGCUAUAAAUAUUUUAAUAUUAAACAUUCUUGGGAGAAAAGCGCGGAGUUGUGCAGGAGAUAUGGCGCUGAAUUGGUAGCUAUUGAUUCAUUUUCCGAAAAUAAUAAUACGCUUUCAAUUGCGCGGAGUAAUGAUCCAAACCACCGUGCUUCCGAUAAAUAUUGGUUAGGUUUGGCUUCUUUGGAUGAUUUGAGAACAAAUACUUUGGAAUCGGCGUCAGGUGCUCUUAUUUCUCAGUAUUCAGGGUUUUGGUCACUUCAUCAACCCGAUCCCGCGUCAGGAGAAUGCGUGGCUGCCUCCUUUCUAUCAAAUUCGCAAUCUUGGGACUUAGGCACUUGUGAGAGUUUGCUACCCUUUAUGUGUCGGGCUCCCGCCUGCCCCCAGAACUCUAUACAUUGUGCAAAUAGUAAAUGCGUGAAUCAAGCUUUUCGUUGCGAUGGGGCCGAUGAUUGCGGUGACGGUUCCGAUGAAUUGGAUUGCCCCGCACAAUGCCAUUAUCAUAUGCAAUCUGGUGGCGAUGUAAUUGAAACUCCCAGUUAUCCUCAUAAAUAUGCGCCGUUAAGCAAAUGUAAAUGGACUUUGGAAGGCCCGUUGGGCAGCAACAUAAUACUACAAUUUCAGGAUUUCGAAACGGAAAAAACAUUUGAUACUGUUCAAAUUUUGGUGGGUGGCCGCACUGAGGACAAGUCAGUUUCAUUAGCUACGCUAAGUGGCAAGCAAGAUUUGACUGCUCAUCCCUUUGUUUCCGGUUCGAAUUUUAUGAUUGUAAAGUUUAUUACGGACGGCAGCGUGGAACGUAAGGGUUUUCGUGCCACGUGGAAAACUGAAGCUAAGAACUGCGGUGGUGUUUUAAAAGCUACUUUACAGCGGCAGACUUUGACCAGUCCCAAUUAUCCCAAACAAUAUCCAGGCGGUUUAGAAUGCUUAUAUAUUAUUAAAGCCCAAGUCGGUCGAAUCAUUUCUGUCGAAGUUGAUGACCUGGACAUAAGCGAAGGACGUGACUUUUUGUUAAUACGCGAUGGUGAAUCACCCAUGAGCCGCCCAAUUGCUCGAUUAACAGGGAAAACUAAUGAUAACGAAAAGAUUAUCAUUUCAACUGGUCAUUCUUUAUAUUUGUACUUCAAAUCUAGUCUAGGAGAUUCUGGUAAAGGUUUCAGUUUACGAUAUAUACAAGGAUGUAAGGCGACAAUUACUGCUCGCAAUGGUACAGUAACAUCACCUGCUUUUGGUUUGGCAGACUAUCCUAAAAAUCAAGAAUGUUAUUUUACUAUACGCAAUAGUAUGGGAUCGCCGUUAUCUCUAAAAUUCAAUAAAUUUAUGGUACAUCAGAGCGAUAAUGUCCAAGUUUAUGAUGGUUCAUCUACAUCUGGCCUACGUCUACAUUCUGGUAAUGGAUUUACUGGCGCAACAGUUCCAAAACUUACAUUGACUGCUUCUUCAGGUGAAAUGCUAAUUAAAUUUACCUCUGACGCCUUACAUAACGCUGUUGGAUGGUCUGCUACAUUUUCGGCUGAUUGUCCGGAGUUGAAACCAGGUAUUGGAGCUUUGGCUUCCAGCCGUGAUACUGCUUUUGGGACAGUAGUCACCUUCACUUGCCCCAUUGGUCAGGAAUUUGCAACUGGGAAAAAUAAGAUUGUAACUGAAUGUUUAAAAGGUGGCAAUUGGAGCGUUUCGUACAUACCGAAGUGUCAAGAGGUUUACUGUGGGCCUGUACCGCAAAUUGAUAAUGGUUUCUCGAUUGGAUCUUCAAAUGUCACUUAUCGUGGGGUAGCAAUGUACCAAUGUUAUGCUGGUUUUGCUUUUAGCUCUGGUAGUCCAAUUGAGAAAAUUUCUUGCCUGCCCGAUGGCCGUUGGGAAAGGAAGCCUACUUGUAUGGCUUCGCAAUGUGCUCCCUUGCCAGAUGUACCCCACGCCAAUAUUACUCUUUUAAAUGGGGGUGGACGCAGUUACGGCACUAUUGUUAAAUACGAAUGUGAUCCUGGUUAUGAGCGAACUGGUCAUCCCGUGUUAAUAUGUAUGUCUAACGGCACUUGGAGCGGAGAGGUUCCACGAUGUGUGCGUAAACGUUGUUUUGAAUUUCCACAAAUCGAUAAUGGGUUUGUCGUGGAUGCAGCACGCCCUUAUUAUUACGGAGAUGAUGCUCGGGUUCAAUGUUUUAAAGGCUAUAAAUUAAUUGGAAGUAAUAUCAUUCGUUGUAAUACCGAUCAAGUUUUCGAAAAUCCACCUACUUGUGAGGACAUCAACGAAUGUACAUCAACCCAGUGCGAUUUGGCAACUACAGAAUGUGUUAACACGAAUGGUUCAUUUCAUUGUCAGUGUCGGUCAGGGUUUACUACAACAACUGAAUGCCGCCCGGUAGGCGAUUUGGGUUUGAGCAAUGGUGGAAUUCCUGAUGAAAGCAUAACAACUUCCCAAACAGAGGAAGGCUACACCAAAGGUAUGGUUCGAUUGACGUCGGCUGGAUGGUGCGGUGCCUCCGUUGAACCCGGUGCAAAUUGGCUUAUGAUAGACUUGAAGGCUCCUACUGUGCUGCGAGGUUUUCGUACUAUGUCUGUUCAGCGCUUUGAUGGCAACAUAGCCUUCACGUCGGCAGUGAGACUCCAGUAUUCCGAUGACCUGACUGAUGUAUUCAAGGACUAUACAAAUCCAGACGGCACGGCCGUCGAGUUUAGAAUUUUAGAGCCCACUUUGUCUAUUCUAAAUUUACCGAUGCCUAUAGAAGCACGUUAUAUUCGGUUUCGAGUCCAAGAUUACGUCGGUGCCCCUUGCAUUCGCUUAGAAGCAAUGGGAUGUACUCGCUUAGAUUGUGUUGAUAUUAAUGAAUGUUCGAAAAACAAUGGAGGUUGCGAUCAAAAAUGUGUAAAUUCUCCAGGAAGUUUUGCAUGCUCAUGUAAUACUGGCUAUCAGCUCUACACUGCAAAUGGUACAGCUGGGUUUGGCAUUGAACGUUUCGAAACUGGGGAACGAGAUGGGGAUACAUAUCAACGUAACAAAUCUUGUGUACCAGUAAUGUGCCCGACAUUGUUAGCUCCAGAGAACGGUAAAUUACUGACAACUAAAUAUGAUCAACACUUUGGCGAUAUUAUAAAAUUCCAAUGCAAUUUUGGGUACAUAAUGUCCGGCAGUUCAUCUCUGCUUUGUUUAUCGAGCGGCCAAUGGAAUGGCACGGUACCAGAAUGUAAUUAUGCGAAGUGUGUUUCUUUGCCAGAUGAUAAAUUAGAAGGCUUGUCGGUUGUCCGCCCGGACAUAGAGUCCGUUUUAGUUCCUUUUCGGGACAAUGUUACUGUCACGUGUACAUCACCGGGACGAAAUUUGAGAGGAACUGCCUCAGCUGGAUUCCGUCAAUGUGUUUAUGAUCCGAAACCCGGCUUGCCUGAUUACUGGUUAUCCGGCUCACAACCCUCAUGUCCACGUAUUGAUUGCUAUGCUCCAACGCCUACUCCUGGAGCAGAAUACGGUCAAUAUGUUGAUACACGCUAUCAAAGCAACUUUUUCUUUGGAUGUCAAAACACAUUUAAACUAGCUGGUCAGACCUCACAUCACGACAACGUAGUACGUUGCCAAGCUGACGGCAUUUGGGAUUUUGGAGAUUUGCGUUGUGAGGGACCUGUGUGCGAAGAUCCUGGGCGUCCCAGUGAUGGCCGCCAAAUAGCCCGCAGCUAUGAACAGGCAGCUGAAAUUUACUUUGGUUGUAAUCGCCCCGGAUACAUUUUAAUUAAUCCAAGACCCAUAACAUGUAUUAGGGAGCCGGAAUGUAAAGUAAUACGACCACUUGGCUUGACAUCGGGAAAAAUUCCUGAUUCUGCUAUUAAUGCUACUUCAGAACGGCCAAACUAUGAAGCUAGAAAUAUACGUAUAAAUUCAGCUACGGGUUGGUGUGGAAAGCAGGAGGCCUUUACAUAUGUCAGUGUGGAUUUGGGUGAAAUUUAUCGCGUCAAAGCAAUUCUUGUUAAAGGAGUUGUUACUAAUGAUAUCGUUGGUCGUCCGACAGAAAUCCGAUUUUUUUACAAACAAGCCGAAAAUGAAAAUUAUGUCGUUUAUUUCCCCAAUUUUAAUUUAACUAUGCGGGAUCCUGGAAACUACGGUGAGCUAGCAAUGAUUACGUUGCCAAAAUAUGUUCAGGCCCGUUUUGUAAUAUUGGGUAUUGUCAGUUAUAUGGAUAAUGCUUGUUUAAAAUUCGAGUUGAUGGGAUGCGAGGAACCUAAGAAGGAACCUUUGCUGGGCUACGAUUACGGCUAUUCACCAUGUGUGGAUAAUGAGCCUCCUAUCUUUCAAAAUUGUCCUCAACAACCAAUCUUGGUGAAAAGAGAUGAGAAUGGCGCUAUUCUCGCCGUGAACUUUACGGAACCCACCGCUGUUGACAAUUCGGGAUCAAUUGCUCGUUUAGAAGUAAAACCACAAAAUUUUAAAACUCCUUCCUAUAUAUUCAGAGACACAGUUGUUAAGUAUGUAGCUUUUGAUUAUGAUGGAAAUGUGGCAAUUUGCGAAAUUAAUAUAACGGUGCCUGACGUCACACCGCCACUAUUGCAAUGUCCUCAAAGUUACGUCAUUGAACUGAUAGAUCGACAAGAUAGUUACACUGCAAACUUCAACGAUACCCGUAAACGAAUUAAAACGUCAGACAAUUCCGGGGAAGUACGUCUCACAUUUUCCCCAGAACAUGCCACUAUCACUAUAGGAACAUUUGAAAAUGUUACAGUUACUGCUACAGACAAAUUUAACAAUCGAGCCUACUGUAAUUUCCAGGUAUCAGUGCAAGCAUCACCUUGUGUAGAUUGGGAGUUGCAGCCUCCAGCAAAUGGGGCAAUAAAUUGUUUGCCAGGCGAUCGAGGCAUUGAGUGCAUCGCAACUUGUAAACCUGGUUUUCGAUUUACUGAUGGAGAGCCAAUUAAAAAUUUCUCUUGUGAAACUUCCAGAUUAUGGAAACCGACGUCCGUAGUGCCCGACUGCGUUUCGGAAAAUACAGAACAAGCUGAUUACCAGGUCACUGCAACUGUUACGUACCGAGCCAAUGGUGCCGUUGCUCACUCUUGUCUAAGCCAAUAUCAGAAUCUGCUGGCCCAACAUUAUACAGGCUUAAAUCAACUGCUAUCACAACGCUGCUCUGCCGUUAACGUAAACAUGAAUGUGACUUUCCUGAAAUCGGUUCCUAGCCUUUUAGAAGAAAAUGUUGUAAAAAUGGAUUUCAUAUUAUCCAUCUUGCCAGCAAUUAGACAACCACAGUUAUAUGAUUUAUGCGGCUCAACUCUAAAUUUGAUUUUUGACUUGAGUGUUCCAUAUGCGAGUGCAGUUAUUGAUUCACUUUUAAAUAUAUCUCAUAUAGGAAACCAAUGCCCACCUCUACGUGCUUUAAGAAGUAAUAUUUCCAGAGGAUUUACUUGCAGCAUCGGGGAAGUUCUUAACAUGGAUACCAGCGACGUGCCGAGAUGUCUUCACUGUCCAGCGGGAACUUACGUUGCUAUUGGCCAAAACAUUUGCACUUAUUGCCCUAGAGGUUAUUAUCAAAAUCGUGAUCGUCAAGGAAUUUGUCUACAUUGUCCUGCCGGCACCUACACACGAGAAGAGGGGUCUAAGUCUUUAAACGACUGCGUGCCAGUUUGCGGUUAUGGAACUUACUCUCCAACGGGUUUGGUGCCUUGCUUAGAAUGUCCGCGCAAUUCUUAUACCGGCGAGCCACCAACUGGUGGUUUUAAAGAUUGUCAAGCAUGUCCUCAAAGUAGCUUCACUUACCAAACGGCUGCGUUUACUAAAGAUUUAUGCAGACAAAAAUGUCCACCAGGAACAUAUUCAUCAACGGGAUUGGCCCCAUGCUCUCCUUGCCCUGCUAAUUUCUUCCAAAGCGUAACUGGCUCUCACACUUGCAUCGAAUGUCCAACCAAUAUGCGCACUGAAGGCCCGGGUUCUAAGGGACAUGAAGAAUGUAAGUUGAUUGUGUGUGGGGAUGGAGCUUGUCAACACGGUGGUUUGUGUGUUCCGAUGGGUCACGGUAUCCAAUGCUUCUGCCCAGCCGGAUUUUCGGGAAGACGCUGUGAAAUUGAUAUAGAUGAAUGUUCUUCUCAACCUUGUUACAACGGUGGCUCCUGUAGCGAUUUACCACAGGGCUACCGAUGUGAGUGCCCUCCUGGUUAUUCUGGUAUUAACUGUCAAGACGAAGCAACUGAUUGUGGUGAGAAUAUAUGUCCGGCACGAGCCAUGUGCAAGAAUGAACCGGGAUAUAAAAAUUAUACUUGUCUUUGCCGCAGCGGCUACACUGGAGAAAAUUGUGAUGUUACUAUAGAUCCCUGUACAGCAAACGGAAAUCCCUGCUCGAAUGGUGCCAGCUGUAAUGCCCUUCUGCAAGGACGCUACAAAUGUGAAUGCCUGCCUGGUUGGGAAGGAAUUCAUUGCGAAAUUAACAUUGAUGAUUGUGCUGAAAACCCAUGUCUUCUUGAUGCGAACUGUACUGAUUUAAUCAAUGACUUCCAAUGUAAUUGUCCUUCUGGAUUUACUGGUAAACGAUGCGAAGAAAAGAUAGAUUUGUGCUUAUCUGAACCUUGCAAACAUGGUACAUGUGUUGACAGACUAUUUAGUCAUGAAUGUGUUUGCUAUCCUGGCUGGACUGGCUUCGCUUGUGAUGUGAACAUUGAUGAUUGCGCGGACACCCCUUGCUUCAAUGAAGGUAUUUGUGUGGAUUUAGUGAAUGGAUACUCUUGCACUUGUGAAUCGGGUUAUACUGGCAAAAAUUGUCAGCAUACAGUGGACGACUGCGAGUCUAAUCCUUGCCAAAAUGGUGCUACUUGUAUCGAUCAAUUAGAUGGAUUUAUCUGUAAAUGUCGCCCAGGAUUCGUGGGUUUGAGCUGCGAGGCAGAAAUCGACGAAUGUUUAAGUGAUCCGUGCAAUCCGGUAGGGACAGAACGUUGUCUAGACUUAGACAAUAAAUUCCAAUGUGCUUGUCGUGAUGGUUUCAAUGGCGUUUUGUGUGAGACAGACAUUGAUGAUUGUGCCAGUAACCCAUGCUUAAACGGUGCCAAGUGUCGUGAUCGUGUUGGAGGAUUUGAGUGUAUUUGUGAGCAAGGAUGGAGUGGAAUGCAUUGUGAAACUCAAAUUACCACUUGUAACGUGCUGUCUCCAUGCCAAAACGAUGCUAGCUGCAUUGAUUUAUUCCAAGAUUACUUCUGCGUUUGCCCUAGUGGAACUGAUGGAAAGAACUGUGAAACCGCUCCUGAAAGAUGUAUAGGAAAUCCUUGUAUGUAUGGUGGAAAAUGUCAAGAUUUUGGCUCCGGUUUAAAUUGCACAUGCCCAAUAGAUUAUUCUGGCAUAGGUUGUCAAUACGAAUUUGAUGCCUGUGAGGCAAAUAUAUGCCAAAACGGUGCUACAUGCAUAGAUAAUGGUGCGGGCUACACAUGCUUAUGCCCAAAAGGCUUCACAGGCAAAAAUUGCCAAAAAGACAUUGUUGAUUGUAAAGACAACUCGUGUCCCCCAGGUGCAACUUGCGUAGAUUUGACUAACACUUUUUAUUGCCAAUGCCCCUUCAAUAUGACUGGCGAUGAUUGUCGGAAAGUUAUACAAGUAGACUAUGAUCUAUAUUUCAGCGAUGCCUCUCGUUCAACUGCAGCGCAAGUCGUACCUUUUUAUACAGGCGAAUCUCCAAGCUUAACCAUUGCGAUGUGGGUCCAAUUUGCGCAAAAGGAUGAUACGGGAAUCUUCUUCAAUCUGUAUGGAGUGGAAUCAGCCCACACAGCUAACAACCGGCAUCUUUUACUUCAAGCUCACUCCAGCGGGGUGCAAGUUUCGCUGUUCGCAGACUUGCCUGAUGCUUUCUUAUCGUUUGGAGAGUACACAUCAGUUAAUGAUGGUCAAUGGCAUCAUGUAGCUAUUGUUUGGGACGGCAUUAGUGGUCAAUUGCAGUUAAUUACUGAAGGACUUAUUGCUAGUAAGUUAGAAUACGCUCAAGGACGUAUUAUGCCCAAAUUUCUCUGGACUGUACUUGGACGACCACAACCCAGUACUUUUAAGCACGAUCUUGCAUACUCUGAAACCGGUUUCCAAGGCACAAUAACCAAAGCUCAAGUAUGGGCACGCGCGCUUGACGUAACGUCAGAUAUUCAAAAACAAGUUCGGGAUUGCCGCUCAGAACCUGUACUAUACAACGGUUUAGUUCUUAACUGGUCGGGGUAUGAAAUUACAUCAGGUGGUGUCGAACGAACAGUGCCUUCUACAUGCGGUCAGCGGAGAUGUCCAAACGGUUAUAGUGGCCCUAAUUGUCAGCAGUUGGUCGUUGACAAAGAACCUCCAAUAGUUGAACAUUGCCCCGGUGAUUUAUGGGUUAUUGCUAAGAAUGGUUCAGCCGUAGUUACGUGGGACGAACCGCACUUUAGUGAUAAUAUUGGUGUGACAAAGAUUAUAGAACGAAAUGGCCACCGGUCGGGUGCCACGUUGCUCUGGGGAUCAUACGAUAUCACUUACUUGGCAUCAGACGCAGCCGGUAAUACCGCAUCAUGUAAUUUCAAAGUGUCUUUACUUACCGAAUUCUGCCCACCGUUGUCUGACCCGGUUGGGGGUAUUCAAGUCUGCAAAGAUUGGGGAGCCGGAGGUCAAUUUAAAGUUUGUGAAAUUGCGUGCAAUCUUGGCUUAAGGUUUUCAGAAGAAGUUCCAGAAUUUUAUACGUGUGGAGCUGAGGGUUUUUGGCGCCCUACAAGCGACCCUUCCAUGCCACUAAUUUAUCCGUCAUGCUCGCCUUCCAAGCCUGCUCAGCGUGUCUUCCGAAUAAGAAUGUUAUUCCCUUCAGAUGUUUUGUGCAACAAAGCUGGGCAAGGAGUCUUAAGGCAGAAAGUUACGAAUUCUGUUAAUGCUCUAAACCGGGAUUGGAACUUUUGCUCGAACACAGUGGAGGGUACUAGGGAAUGCAAAGAUAUUAAAAUUGAUGUGAAAUGCGAUCAUUAUCGUGCUGCUCAACAUAAUAGGGUGCGUCGACAAGCUAAAGACGGUGGUGUUUACGUCUUGGAAGCAGAAUUGCCGGUUCUAACUGAAGAAGAAGAAACAGAGACACGUGGUCGUCAUGGACGCCAACAGACUGGCGGUGAUACCUACACGCUGGAAAUUUCUUUCCCGGCAGUGAAUGAUCCCGUUCUUCACACAUCGUCUGGAGAACGAUCUUCUGUAAAAGCCCUUUUGGAGAAACUUAUUUUGGAAGAUGACCAGUUCGCUGUUCAAGACAUUUUACCCAAUACCGUUCCAGACCCUGGUUCAUUAGAAUUAGGCUCAGAAUAUGCUUGCCCUGUGGGUCAAGUUGUUAUGAUACCCGAUUGUGUACCAUGUGCUAUUGGUACCUAUUACGAUGGCUCAAAUAUGACCUGUGCGCCAUGCGAACAUGGCACUUAUCAGUCUGAGGCUGGUCAGUUGCAGUGUAGUAAGUGCCCAAUAAUCGCUGGGCGGCCAGGAGUUACAGCCGGACCUGGUGCUCGCUCAGCCGCUGACUGUAAGGAACGCUGUCCUGCUGGAAAGUAUUUCGAUUCUGAAACGGGUUUGUGUAGACCUUGUGGUCACGGAUUUUAUCAGCCUAACGAAGGCUCAUUCGGUUGUAAGUUGUGCGGCUUAGGUCAAACUACUCGUACAGCUGAAGCGACUUCACGUAAGGAGUGCAGAGAUGAAUGCGUUUCUGGAUUGCAGUUAGGAAUAGAUGGACAUUGCGAGCCAUGUCCCCGUGGCACGUAUCGAUCACAAGGUGUGCAACCUUCAUGUACUGCAUGUCCUCUAGGUCGCACUACACCGAAAGUGGGAGCUAAAUCAGUAGAAGAAUGCACCUUGCCGGUUUGCUCUCCUGGCAGUUACUUAAACGGUACACUCAACAUGUGCGUGGAAUGUCCUAAAGGAUAUUAUCAGUCAGAAUCCCAACAGACAACAUGUAUUAUAUGCCCACCAAAUCAUAGCACUAAAAACACUGGAGCGACUGCGAAAUCAGAAUGUACAAAUCCGUGUGAACAAAUCCCAGAGGGUAGUGCACAUUGUGAUCCUAACGCUUAUUGUAUUCUUGUACAAGAGACGUCUGAUUUUAAAUGCGAAUGCAAACCGGGUUUUAACGGUACCGGCAUGGAAUGUAUUGACGUGUGCGAAGGUUUUUGUGAAAAUGCUGGCACAUGCGUUAAGGAUUUAAAAGGAACACCAUCUUGCCGUUGUGUGGGUUCGUUCACCGGUCCAUAUUGUGCUGAGCGAUCUGAAUUUGCUUACAUAGCCGGUGGCAUUGCAGGGGCUGUAAUAUUUAUUAUUGUUAUCGUGCUUCUCAUUUGGAUGAUCUGUGUACGCUCAACACGGCGGCGAGAUCCCAAGAAAAUGCUUACACCAGCUAUCGACCAAACAGGCUCUCAAGUAAACUUUUACUAUGGUGCUCAUACGCCAUACGCUGAAUCUAUUGCACCAUCUCAUCAUAGCACAUACGCUCAUUAUUAUGACGACGAAGAAGAUGGUUGGGAGAUGCCAAACUUUUAUAACGAGGCCUACAUAAAGGAUGGUCUCCAUGUUGGUGGUAAAAUGAGCACUUUGGCAAGAUCCAAUGCUUCUCUAUAUGGCACAAAAGAAGAUCUAUAUGAUCGACUGAAACGACACGCCUACACAGGCAAGAAGGAGAAGAGCGAUAGUGAUAGUGAAGUCCAAUAAAAUGUCCACAAAUUAUUAUAUAGAAAAAUGUAUAAAUUGAGAUCUUUGUGCAGCCUUUGUAAUUAAAAUGUUUUCGCUUUAUUUAUGU